AUGGAACUCAACCGAGAACAUUUUCGCGCCAUAAUUUAUUACAACUUUCAGAGACAAUUAUCGCAACAAGAAUGCCUUGCUGAGUUACUGUCCUUGAAGGUCUCAAAGACCUCAAUUCCAAAAAUUGUACAUGAAGAAUUAGGAGUAAGAAAAUUAGUUUCUCGUUGGAUACCCCACCUGUUGACUGAAGAGCAGAAAGCAGCCAGGGUUAAUUGGUGUCAAAAAACGCUUGACCGUUUCAAUUCCGGAAACUCAAAAAAUGUGUACAGUAUUGUUAGUGGUGAUGAAUCGUGGAUUUACUGUUAUGAACCCGAAAAUAAACGACAGUCCGCUGUUUGGGUGUUCCAAGGUGAAGAAAAGCCAACAAAAGUUAUCCGUUCUCGAAGUGUUUCGAAAAAGAUGAAGUGUUACUGCGGAUAUUGGUAUAUCACCAUUUGUUUGCCAAAAGUCAUCAUCGAGCUUCGAAAAAUCAACCCCGAAAGGAGAAUCAUCCUCCACCAAGACAAUGCAAGCUCGCACACAACCCAAAAAACAAGGCAGUAUUUAACGAAAGAAAACAUGGAAUUAUUGGACCAUCCACCAUAUAGUCCCGAUCUAAGUCCUAACGAUUUCUUAACUUUCCCGAAAAUUAAAAAUAGACUGCGUGAUCAAAGAUUCCAGUCACCAGAAGAAGCAGUUGACGCAUUCAAAAAUGCCGUUUUGGAUCUGCUAGCAAACCAGUGGAAUAAGUACUUCGAAAAUUGGUUCGAGCGCAUGCAGAUGUGUAUUAAUCUUCGUGGAGAAUACUUCGAAAAACAAUAA